AGAAAAAGAUGCCAGAGGGGGCGAAUUUACCUUAGAUUAAGAAAAAAUUACAAGAAAAAUCAAACUAAUCAGAUCAAGAAAAAAUUGUUAAAACCAAUUAUAAAUAAUAAAUAAUAAAUUAUUCUUUCUUAAAAAACAUUAUGAUAUCAUGUUUACUUAAAUUUCACUUUGUUAGAAAUAAUUUUAUCACAUGGAAUCUGUAAUUUGUGCAAAAUUAUGUCAAUGUAUAAAUGAAUCAACUAAGGGAAGGAAGAGCAUCUAGUUAGAAUUAAUUUAAAUUUAAAAUUCACAAGUAUAUUAAAAAAUACUCCGUAGUUUAUAUUAUGUACAAAAUUAGUUCAUAGUCCCUUCGUCCCGGAAAAUUGUUCCCACAUUGACUUGGAACGGAGUUUAAGAAAGUGGGAAUAAAGUGGAAAUGUAUGGUUGCGGGUGAGUAAGAAAAAGGUAAAUGAAUUGUAGCCAGUUAGCCACAAAAAACUUUCCAAAAGGGGAAAGUGGAACAAUUUUUUUGGACGGCCCAAAAAGGAAAACCGGGAACAAUUUUUCGGGACGGAGGGAGUAUGUGAAACUAUAUAUUGAUGUAUUUAGAUCUUUCCAACAAGAAAUACCGUAGUAAUAAAUAAAAAGAACAAUGUAAAACCAACUUGCUUAAGGCUUCAAGACAAAAGAAAUAAAACAAAAAUAAACUGCAUCUAAUAGGAAUCAAACACUAGACCUCAUCACAUGCAUGCAUCUUAAACGUAUAGCCAGUGGCGUAUCCAGAAAAAGAUGCCAGAGGGGGCGAAUUUACCUUAGAUUAAGAAAAAAUUACAAGAAAAAUCAAACUAAUCAGAUCAAGAAAAAAAUUGUUAAAACCAAUUAUAAAUAAUAAAUAAUAAAUUAUUCUUUCUUAAAAAACAUUAUGAUAUCAUGUUUACUUAAAUUUCACUUUGUUAGAAAUAAUUUUAUCACAUGGAAUCUGUAAUUUGUGCAAAAUUAUGUCAAUGUAUAAAUGAAUCAACUAAGGGAAGGAGGAGCAUCUAGUUAGAAUUAAUUUAAAUUUAAAAUUCACAAGUAUAUUAAAAAAUACUCCGUAGUUUAUAUUAUGUACAAAAUUAGUUCAUACUCCCUUCGUCCCGGAAAAUUGUUCCCACAUUGACUUGGAACGGAGUUUAAGAAAGUGGGAAUAAAGUGGAAAUGUAUGGUUGCGGGUGAGUAAGAAAAAGGUAAAUGAAUUGUAGCCAGUUAGCCACAAAAAACUUUCCAAAAGGGGAAAGUGGAACAAUUUUUUUGGACGGCCCAAAAAGGAAAACCGGGAACAAUUUUCCGGGACGGAGGGAGUAUGUGAAACUAUAUAUUGAUGUAUUUAGAUCUUUCCAACAAGAAAUACCGUAGUAAUAAAUAAAAAGAACAAUGUAAAACCAACUUGCUUAAGGCUUCAAGACAAAAGAAAUAAAACAAAAAUAAACUGCAUCUAAUAGGAAUCGAACACUAGACCUCAUCACAUGCAUGCAUCUUAAACGUAUAGCUACAUCCGCUCUACCAUUAGCACAUUUCAGCAACUACUUCGUACUUAAUGUAUAAGAACCCUUUAUUUAGAACAAAAAUAUAUGUGUGAAUUUAAAUUGGAUAUAUAUAUAAAAGGGUUGGGUGGGGGUUGAGUGGGGGCAGCUGCCCCCCUGCCCCCACCCUGGAUACGCCCUUGCUUAUAGCUACAUCCGCUCUACCAUUAGCACAUUUCAGCAACUACUUCGUACUUAAUGUAUAAGAACCCUUUAUUUAGAACAAAAAUAUAUGUGUGAAUUUAAAUUGGAUAUAUAUAUAUAUAUAUAUAUAUAUAUAUAUAUAUAUAUAUAUAUAUAUAUAUAUAUAUAUAUAUAUAUAUAAAAGGGUUGGGUGGGGGUUGAGUGGGGGCAGCUGCCCCCCCUGCCCCCACCCUGGAUACGCCCCUGAUGAUGAUCCAAUCUAUAUUGAUAUUAAAUACCAACGUUUUUGUGUUCUAUUUAUAAAUGAAAAUUCAAAAUUUCUUCCAUUCAAUUAAAUGUUCACUAAAUUUAGCUUGGAUUUGAUGUUUGAAGUGAUUAGAGCUUCAAAAUUUAUUUAUUCCUUGUAUUUUGAAUUUUGAAUUUUGAUGUUUUUAUGUUCCAGAAAGUAAAAUGUAUUGAUUUUUUUAUGGGACAAAAUUACUUUGUAAGAACCGAUGAAAGUAAAAACCAACCGUUUAGUAUUAAUUUGAUUCCAUAACAUUUCUUGAUUUUUUAAUAUAAAUCGAUCCGAUGUUAUUAGUUAAGUUUCAAAACGACUCCACUCAUUUUAUAUAAGAAUCAAACUUGUCCUAGAUCUAAUUAUUGGAGAUGUAUUGGAGAUGUAUUGUCUAGACAUAUAAUUUUAAAUAUAUUGGAGAUGUGUGAGGCCAAGAUUCUAUACUUUAGACAGAAUCAACAGCUCAAAUAUAUUUGAAAAGAUGGAUAAUGAAAUUUUCACAAACAAAAUAGAAGAAUAUACCAUAGAGGAUGGUCACAAACAAAAUAGAAGAAUAUACCAUAGAGGAUGGUCAAACAUCUAGACUAUAUUCUCACAAAGGAAUCUUGAAUUGGAAAGAGAUUGGUUAUUGUUGUAAAAUCAUGGGAAUUACAUGUGUGAAUUAUUCAUCCUUGUAGUGAGUCUAGUCAUCAAAUUUCAAUCCUUGUAAUCAGGACACUAAUCUAGCAUCAAUCCUUGUAACCUAGUUAGAACAGAUGGCUCUGUUUGUUAUUGCCACCAAAUUUGUAGAGUCAUCCUUUAGAUGACUAAUCAUCAAGAUCAACCACUAUAAAUAGGAGCUUGAUGAAGCCUUGUAAAUUAAUUCAGAUGCUCAGAAAAUCUCAGAUAUUAAGAAGAAGUAAUUUAGAGGUUUUUAUCUAUAUCUAUCUCUUAAAUUUAGUCUUCAUCUUUUUCAUUUCACAACACGUUAUCAGCACGAAUCUGCUCAAAACUCUCCAAGAAAUCAGCUCAAAUUUAUCACCAAUCAUCAUCUCCUGCAGUAUAGUAUGGCAAAUAUUAGCAAAAGAGAGUUCGACGUUCUUGAUCUGUCUGGUCAAAAAUAUUUGGAAUGAAAAGUCGAUGCACUAGCUCAUCUUAAGGCUAAUGGUUUAGAAGAAACAAUUGAAGUCAAUAAUCUAUCAUCUUCCCAAGACAAAGCAAAAGCUAUCAUUUUCCUUCGUCAUCACCUCAAUGAAAGUCUCGAAUCUGAAUAUCUUUUGGUUGAUGAUCCAAAAGAAUUAUGGGACAAUUUACAAGAGAGGUAUGACCACCAACAAAAGGUACUUUUGCCAAAAGCUCAGUAUGACUGGAUCAAUUUAAGAUUCCAGGAUUUUAAAUCAAUCAGUGACUAUAAUUCUGCCAUGUUCCAAAUAACAUCUAAACUAAAGUUAUGCGGACAAAAAGUCACUGAUGCUGAUAUGUUGGAAAAAACCUUUUCUACAAUGCAUAUUUCUAAUAUGCUGCUACAGCAGCAAUAUAGAGAAAAGGGUUUUAAAAAAUACUCUGACCUUAUAUCAGUUUUACUGGUCGCUGAACAAAAUAAUGACCUUUUGAUGAAAAAUCAUAAUCUGAGACCCACUGGUUCUAGUCCUUCGAUUUAUGGUCCAUCUGGACAUAACAUUGCCACUGAAUCAAACGCAACACACAGUGGCACACGAAGGCAUUUUAAACGUGGGAAUUUUAUUGGUCAUAAUAACAAGUCCCACCGAGGAUAUAAACGGGUCGAAAGACCAAAUUACAAGGGCAAGGGCAAACAAAAAGCCCAUCAAACAAAUCGCCCUACAAAAACCUCGGUGAAAACGACUUGUUACAAAUGUGGCAUGACGGGACACUGGGCUAACAAAUGCCGUACUGCAAAGCAUCUUGUGGAGUUAUUUCAAGCUUCCAUGAAUUUAAACAAAGGCAAAAAUGUGGAAGCGAAUUAUGUCAAUGACACAAGUCCAUCUCUGCCAAAAUUUGAUGUGUCCGACUUCUUCAUGGAUGAUAGCAUAAUGGAUGAUGCAUUUGCCACUGAUCAAAAUAACACAAAAUAAAUUAUAAGACUUUUACAUAUUGUAAAAUAGUAGUUUAUGU